GUUAUUAUGUGACUCUUAUAAGCUAAGAAAAGGGCGGAUCCUCCGAUUUGAUCUGCGGCUCGCAGCCAGACCUGUUCCCGAACGCGUGACACAACGUUUGGCUCUAGCUGACUUCGAUCAAAAACUUUCUUUAUCUCUCAUUCAAACCAUGGAAGAAGUGGAAACUCAACAACAGUCGUUAAAGGCUCUUCGGGACUCGACGCAAUCGCUGCUCGACUGUAAAGCAAAUCUUGUCCAAAAGAUUGAAUCGCUCGAUCACAAAGAGAAGCUUUUGGACGAAAUCGUUUCGGAGCGACAACGAUUAACGAAAGAGAAACGAAAGUUACUCGAAAUGAUUCAAAGUGUGCAACGUGACAUAGAAGCAGUUGCCGAAGCCGAAUCGUCACUUGGAAAAGAACGAGAUGAGUUAAAAAAUUCGGUAGAACGGAUACAAAGUCAAGAAUAUGAUCCUUUGCAUGACCAAGUGAACGAGCUGCGCGGUCGAUCAGGACUACAGAAGCUUCCACAUGUACAGCAAGAAUUAGAAGCGCAAAUGGCUCGUGCACUACAAGAACGACGGGAAAAUUGGCAACACGCAUCGCCAUCGCCAGCGCCAUCUCCAUCACAACCCAUUCGUCAAAUCAAUACAGUCACAUCAUCCUCUUCCUCGUUUCCAAUUACAAGAAACACCGCCAACCGUUCAUGGAGGCGACGAUAGAAAAUGGCAUUAGUCUUAUUUUCUUUGUACAUAUUCUUUUGCAUCGAAUUAUUGGCAUAAUACAACUAUCACCACAUUGAUAAAGCACAGUCAAGCAGUUGGUACACAGUUUGCAAGAUAGGAUACCACAAUGGAGGAGUACCGAGACUAUUCGAGCGUGUGGAUGCCUAAGAGAGGUUGAGUGG